UUCGCCCUCCCUGCUCUUCUGCCUCUCAGAAUCUUCCUGCCGUCGCGUUCGGAUCUCGCUGCUCCAUCCUCCCGGGCACGUUCCUUCUUUCAGCUCGCGACCAGCACAGAAAACGAAUUACAUAUUUCCUUGUCCCGAGCAUACAUUGAGGCGAGCAAAAAUAAAUUCUAGCCAUGAGGGAAAUCGUGCACAUCCAGGCCGGUCAGUGUGGCAACCAGAUCGGUGCCAAGUUCUGGGAGGUGAUCAGUGAUGAACACGGCAUCGAUCCCACUGGUACCUACCAUGGGGACAGUGACCUGCAGCUGGACCGCAUCUCCGUGUAUUACAAUGAAGCCACAGGUGGUAAAUAUGUUCCUCGUGCUAUCCUGGUGGAUCUAGAACCCGGGACUAUGGACUCUGUUCGCUCAGGUCCUUUUGGCCAGAUCUUCAGACCAGACAACUUUGUUUUUGGUCAGUCUGGGGCAGGUAACAACUGGGCCAAGGGUCACUAUACAGAAGGGGCUGAGCUGGUUGACUCAGUCCUGGAUGUGGUGCGGAAGGAGGCAGAGAGCUGUGACUGCCUGCAGGGCUUCCAGCUGACCCACUCACUGGGAGGGGGCACAGGCUCCGGAAUGGGCACCCUGCUCAUUAGCAAGAUCCGGGAAGAGUAUCCUGACCGAAUCAUGAACACCUUCAGUGUAGUACCCUCACCCAAAGUGUCUGAUACUGUGGUUGAGCCCUACAAUGCCACCCUCUCCGUCCAUCAGUUGGUAGAGAACACUGAUGAGACCUACUGCAUUGACAACGAGGCCCUUUAUGACAUCUGCUUCCGUACCCUCAAGCUGACCACACCAACCUACGGAGACCUGAACCACCUCGUCUCAGCCACCAUGAGCGGUGUCACUACCUGCCUCCGCUUCCCUGGCCAGCUCAAUGCUGACCUCCGCAAGUUGGCAGUCAACAUGGUGCCCUUCCCACGUCUCCACUUCUUCAUGCCUGGCUUUGCCCCUCUUACCAGCCGUGGAAGCCAGCAGUAUCGGGCCCUCACUGUGCCUGAACUCACCCAGCAGGUCUUUGAUGCGAAGAAUAUGAUGGCUGCCUGUGACCCCCGCCAUGGUCGGUACCUCACCGUGGCUGCAGUCUUCCGUGGACGGAUGUCCAUGAAGGAGGUAGAUGAGCAGAUGCUGAAUGUGCAGAACAAGAAUAGCAGCUACUUCGUGGAAUGGAUCCCCAACAAUGUCAAGACAGCUGUCUGUGACAUCCCACCUCGUGGCCUCAAGAUGGCAGUUACCUUCAUUGGCAACAGCACAGCCAUCCAGGAGCUCUUCAAGCGCAUCUCAGAGCAGUUCACUGCCAUGUUCCGCCGAAAGGCCUUCCUCCACUGGUACACAGGUGAAGGUAUGGACGAGAUGGAGUUCACCGAGGCUGAGAGCAACAUGAAUGACCUUGUCUCCGAGUACCAGCAGUACCAGGAUGCCACCGCAGAAGAGGAAGAGGAUUUCGGUGAGGAGGCUGAAGAGGAGGCCUAAGGCGGCUCCCCCAUCACCUCAGGCUUCUCAGUUCCCCAGCCUUCCGCUGCCCCUUUCUUCAGAAUUUGUGUUAACUGCCUUUUCUUUUUUUCCUUUUUUAUUUCCUUUUGGGAGGCAUGCAGAACAGUGCCUGACCCAUAUUAGGCGCUCAAUAAAUAUUUGUUUCUUGAAUGUCUCCUCUUUCCACUCUGGCAAACUUAAAUUUCUUCCAUUCUGGAUUACCCUGCAUUUCUUUCUGGUACCUACUUUUCACAUCUGUCCAUUUAAUAUCUUCUGUUUCCAAAAUGAUUCUCCCAAGAAGCUGGUUCUUGUCCAGAUCCCAUUUAGAACUAGCCAGGUGCUUUUAGUGGCCACCAUCCUAAGGCAAAAUAGUACGAGGUAGAAGGUAGCAGCAGGUAGAAAUCACUUGUGAUGGGGAUGGGAUUUUUCAUUUUAGGACAGUUUUUUAAAGAGGGGAAUCUAUGCUUUUACAGUCAUUUAGGCACUUCCAUGCUCCAUCUCUCAGCUUCAGGAGGGGUGUUAACAGUAUUAUUUCCAUUUGCAGCUUCCCUCUCAGCUGUCCAUGUUGUGCUCUUCCUUUAGAGGAAUCUGCCCCACUCUGAGAGGUGUGAAUCCUUCCUCUUUCUGCUUUACCUCUCUCAGUGCAUUUCAAAAAGGAGAAGGCCAGCCUUGGUCCCCUAAGCUUCCAGAAUUGUCCUCCCCGACCCCCACCUUUUCACCCCCCUCCAAAGAGUAAUAUGUCUGAUAUGUGGAAAGGUAUGUACUACCACCUAAAUGUGAUAGUACUCUUCCAGAGGAGGGGCAACAAAACCCUUUUUUAAAGAACAUCUCAUUUCUUUUGCUAUUGCUUUUUCCUUCCUACUGUUGAUUUUGUCCUAUCCUACACUUCAGAUUUCUAAUUUGUGUUGAACUUGCUGCUUUUUUUCAUAUUGAAAAGAUGACAUUGCCCCAAGAGCCAAAAAUAAAUGGGAAUUGGAAAAAAGAAA